AUGUCAUGUUACAAUCGCUCCCACGGCCCCUCCGUUUUUGUCCUAAUGGGGAUUCCGGGAUUGGAAGCCGCUCACUUCUGGAUCGCCUUCCCUUUCUGCUCCAUGUACUUAGUAGCCUUGCUGGGGAACUUCACCAUCCUCUUUGUGGUCAGGAAAGAGCCGAGCCUUCACUUGCCCAUGUACUACUUCCUUUGCAUGUUGGCCACCCUUGACUUGGUGCUGACCACCUCCACCGUGCCCAAGAUCCUUGGCCUCUUCUGGUUCCACUCCAACACAAUUGGCUUUGAAGCCUGCGUCAUCCAGAUGUUCUUCAUUCACGGCUUCUCUGCCGUGGAGUCGGGGGUGCUGCUCGCCAUGGCCUUCGAUCGCUACGUGGCCAUCUGCGCCCCUCUGCGCUACACCACCAUCCUCACCAGCUCCGUCAUUGCCAAGAUCGCUUGUGCAGCCUUUGUGAGGGGCAUCGGCUUCAUGACUCCUUUGACCUGCAUGGUGAGCCGCCUGCCGUAUUGCGGACCCAACGUCAUCGCCCAUUCCUACUGCGAGCACAUGGCCGUGGUCAAGUUGGCCUGUGGAGACACCACACCUAACAACAUCUACGGGAUCACCGCCGCCACUUUUGUGGUGGGCUCAGAUUCGAUCUUCAUCGCCGUCUCCUACGUGCUCAUUCUGCGGGCGGUCCUGGGCCUCUCGUCUAAGGAGGCGCGGCAGAAAUCCUUCGGCACUUGCGGCUCCCACAUCUGUGUCAUCCUGAUCUUCUACACUCCUGCGCUUUUCUCCUUUUACACCCAGCGCUGGGGGCACAAUAUUCCUGCGCACGUCCACAUCCUGUUGGCUGACCUCUACCUUCUGGUGCCCCCCAUGCUCAACCCCAUCAUCUACGGCAUGAAAACCAAGCAAAUCCGGGAGCAAGUACUCAAGCCCUUCUACCACAAAGGCGCCCAAAUUGAGUCUUGA